GUAAUAUCAAGAUGGUAAAGGUUUCAAGAGUUAUUCAAUGACUACUGCUUUUAUUCAUUACGAGUGCUCGCUCAGUAAUCUUUCAGAACAGGACAGUAUCCUUAGAACAAAGAAGAAAACUUCCAACAACUAUAGACCAUACAGCAAGUACUCUUUCUGGAAGUGGGGUUGGAGUAGGCAAAAGAUACACACUAUUGACAGCAACUGUGCAAGCCAAAGAUUCUUCUGGUGUCAAUAUUACAACAGGUGGUGAUAUUCUCGCUUUAAGUAUAUCCAAUGAAUGCACUAUCACAAGCUACCUUGAAUGAACUCCUAAAGCGAAUGCUACAGACAUGGAGAUUAAUCCUAAUUACAUCAUGAUGACAGAUAACUCCGAUGGUACAUAUAGUGCAAGUUAUUCAUCUUCUGCCAAAGGAACAGCGACUUUAAUUGCUUACCUUUUAGUUCCUAAUAAAGUAUUUGUGAUGUUUUACUCUGAUAAAAUCUUCACUCCUCCAGCUGUGUACAAUGAGACUUGGUCGCAGAUAGAUAAAAAUUAUACCACAAACGAUUUAUAUCCAUCAGUAGCUGACAACACCUCUGCAACUAUCCAUUUUAUGAUAAAAGUGCCAUACACUGAAGAGUAUACGUUCACUUUGGAGUCAAAUGAUGGCUCUGAUCUGUAUAUGAAUAGCACAAUAAAGAUUUCUCAACUAGGAGUGACUUGCAACUGCACUAGCUCCUUUGACACUAACCUCACUCAAGGAGAUUAUGUGGAUUUCAAGAUUGACUACAACGAAAUAGAAGACGAGGCACACCUCAAGUUAUUUUGGAACUCAUCUUCUUCGAUAUCUUCUAGCGUGCUAGUCCCCUCCAGCGUGCUCUAUUAUAAAGAAUAUAUAGGCAUAGGGGCCUAUCAGACUGAAAUAAAAUGUCCAGAGUACUACUCUGGAAACAACGAAGACCAUCCUGGAGAAUGCUACGAGAUCUGUGGUGAUGGCAUCCAUAUCGGAAGAGAAGUAUGAGACGAUUACAAUGAAAAAUCAGGCGAUGGUUGCUCAAAAGACUGCAAAAGUAUUGAAGAUAAUUACAUCUGCAAAGCUUACAUUGAGGAGAAACUUCCAGAUAAGUGCGUUAGGUGUAAAUCAGGGUACAUCCGAAAUUCAGAUGAGACUAAUUGUAUCCGCACCAGUACUCAAAAGAAGAACCAAUCUCUUAGCUAUAUCACUUAUGCACUUGUUGGUGUAGACUUGGUCUUAUGCACAAUUAUCUAUUUCUUUACUAAGCAAUCACUAAAUGGCUUCUUGAUGACUGUUUCAUACCUCCAAGCUAUCAUUCUUCUGCCAAUGUUGGACGCAGAGUUGCCUGAAAACCUCCUUGGAUUUAUAACAGAAAUUUCAGAAAUAGUUCUACAUCUUGAAUUCAUCUCUAAAGAUGGAAUCUCUAAUGGAUACCCAGGAUGUGACCAAUUCGAUAGGAAACUAGAUAUCUGUCUUUUAACUCAAAUAAUGGGCUUCAAAAAUCGAUCUGGACUGAGCACACUCAUAGACCAUGCUGCUAUAUUUACAUUUCUCCUACUCUUUCAUGGCUUUAUACUUUGUCUAUACCAUAGAGAAAGAAAAUUACAGAAGUCGGAUCCUGAAAGGAAAGAAGGAAAGUUAAUUGAGAAAAUAUUCAAAUUCUGAACAUUCAAGAUGUAUAUCCCCUUCUUCUACCUCUUCUAUACAGCAAUGAUGGUCUCCAGCACCACAGAUUUCACAAGUUGUAUGUACAAUGAUGGGGUUGAACCCGGUUCAUGAUUUUUCUCAUUCUUAAUCUGGGUUGCUUGCUCUUCAGUGUUAGGUAUCAUUGGGUGGCAGUACUUCAAAUCACAGUACAACUAUACUUUCUCCAAAAUGAGGUACUUCACAAAUCUAUUCAGUGGUCUCCGGAUGAGUUGGAAAUCUAGGGUGUACUCAUUCCUAAUAUUUCUCAGAAUUUACACAAUUGUGAUGGUUGGGACUAUUGCAAGUGUAGUGAGUACGGAGAAAUACAUUGUGAUUAGAGAUUUCAACUUCGUCAUCUUCUUAGCCAUCCUCCAAAUGGCUCUCAUGCUAUGAAUGAUCUUUUUCUUCCCAUUCAGGAUUUACAUUUAUAACAUUAAGCUUAUUAUAAAUGAGUUGGCGUUUUCAUGACUCAUGGUAUUUGCUGUUCGAAGCAAGGCGAUAGGAGGACUCAGCGAAUCGAUCGGUAACAAAUUAAGAUACAUGAUAUUCUUUGGCCCUGCUGUCGCAUGCACUCUGUCUCUCACUGCAUUAGGCAUAAUUAUCUUCAAAGCUAUUGCAAAGAAAUUUACAGGAUCAAGAGUACAAGCAAAAAGUCAAUUUGGACGAACAGUUGAUAAAGUACAGAAUAUCUCAAAUCAAUACAACGGGUCUCACACAACAAAGCAGGAAAUGCAUAAGAAAAAAGAUGAAUCUGAGCCACCACAGAAGCAAGAUAAAAAAUCACAGAAGAAGUCUAAGAAGAAGACUAAGAGGAAGGAAAAGAAGAAAGAAGAACAGUACAGAAUGCCUAGGUUUAACGUUGCCGAAAGAGAAGAUAUAGUACAGUUUUAA